CAGAAACAUAACUGCGUACAUACAUAUACCAUGGCCCAGAAUUCCACGACGUCUGUGUCAGUCUCACCGGAUCCUGCCCUGCAGAGGAGGAAGUCGUCCCAGCAGCGCAUUCAGGAUAUUUUAGAGGUCAGUAAGUCAUUUCAAACUUUCCCGCUGAGACAAUGUUACGCUGGCCGUUGGCCAAGACUUGUCCCUGUCCAUUCUGCAUCUGCUUUGCCACAUCGCGAUCCCGCCGGUCACCACAGCGCGUCUGGCCCUUCAAACAUGCCUAAGUAGCUGCGCGUCGCGAUCUCCACGAUGGAUCGAAUGCCUAAAGCGAUAUAUGACGCCUUGGCCAACCUCUUCUCCGAGCGAAAUGGCGCCCGCGAACGAGCCGAGACGCUCUCGCCAAGGUUACAGCCACUUCUUGGAGGAGACGGGCCCCGCGGACCCAGCUACCUUGCGGGUCUGACUUCAGACCCCGAAGAGGUUGGCGCCGGCGAUGACGGCGGGCGGGGCGUGGUGACUGCGCCGCCGCAGCGGCAGUCCAGCAUCAGCUUUGAGGGUUCGGCCCAGGAUGGUUCCACAGCCCGCAGGAGGCCGGGCCCGAGCAAGAAACCCUCUAGCGCCCAGGAACGAGGGCGGUCGUUAGCCCAAGGGGACAGCAGUAAUGAAGAUGGCAGUGCGAGGAGGCGGUCUGGUGCGCGCGAAGAAGAGCGGUGGUGGAGAAAGUCGCUACGAUACUUCCAAAGCAUUGAGCUUGAGAACAAGGGGAGUGUUGCGCGGGACCAUUUGGCGCUGGAGCGAACGUUCCUCGCAUGGCUCCGUACCUCGCUCGCAUUUGCCUCGAUCGGCAUCGCCAUCACGCAGCUCUUCCGGCUCAACACGUCGCUGGCGGACGACAGCAGGCAGGCCGAGUCAUUGCGGCAUCUGGGAAAGCCGCUCGGGUCGACGUUCUUGGCCAUCAGCAUAUUGAUUUUGCUACUGGGGUAUAAUCGGUAUCUUCAGUCACAGCACUGGGUGAUAAGGGGCAAAUUCCCCGCGAGCCGGGGCACCAUCAUGCUGGUAGCCUUCAUCGCGUUUGCGGUGACAGUAGCGUCGUUGAUUGUUGUGCUGGCUGUGCAGAAUGAGUCGGUAAAGUAAGCUUUAACGUUUGAUGAGAAUGGAGUUUGGAGAUUUUUUCGCCGGCCUGGCGUCCGUGUCUAGAUACAGCAUAGCAUAGCAAUCAGAGCAGUGUCUCAUGGCAAG